AUGUUGCUCAUUCUUAGAUUAUUGGGUUAUUUAUUUCCUUUAUGGCGGUGGUUUUCUAUACCGCUCCCGACUAUACUACUCCCGGAACAGAGGCAGGAAUAUUUGGAGACAUCAGAAGAGUUUUUUGACGCAGAGUCUUCAUAUUCUUCAGAACAAGAGUUUCUUUCUGUGUCAGAGACACUUUCUAGCCCACCGGAAGAGAUUCUUUUCAUGUCAGUGUCAGAGACAUCGGAAGCAGCUGCUCAACCUCUUCCUCCUCAGUUAGAAGCUGCUCCGGAAGUAGCUGCUCAACCUCUUCCUCCUCCGGUAGAAAACAAAUAUCGUCCUUGGUUGACUAGCGUCAUUGUGGCGGUAUACGUGGCAAUCUUCGUAGUUACUAUGGGCAUCAACAACUGCCCAAAAACCACGUUACCUCCCUCAGAUUGUUUUCCAAGUUUUCUCGGACGAUUUUCAUUCCAACCAACUGAACAGAAUCCGAUAUUUGGUCCAUCUAGGGAUACGCUAAUAAAGAUGGGCGGAUUAUAUUUGAGAAUGGAGGUUUGGCGCCUAUUCUCAAAUAUAUGGCUGCAUGAAGGGUUCACACAGUUGGUAACGGAUAUUGUCACUUUAUUAGGUGUUGCAAUUCCGCUUGAACGAAAAUUCGGAUUUGUUCGAGUUGGGUUAUUAUAUAUCGUAUCCGGAUUGGGAGGAAGCUUAUUCUCCGGACUAUUUAUCGGCACGGGUGUCACCGUCGGUGCUUCUGGUGCACUUGCCGGUUUGACAGCCGGCAGCUUAUUUGAUAUUUCCCAAAAGGUUGUUAUUUAA